AUGUUCAAUAACAUUAAGCGGAAUAUGAGAAUAUUAAAUAAGGAUAUGGUUGAGACAUCUUGGCUUAAAUGUUUGAUUGAUGAUACUCCAAAAUAAAAACAUAUACUUGUACCAAAACCUAUUAUAAUAGACUCUUUCAAAAUGUCUUAGUGGAGAAUUAAAUAAUGUAAACUCUUAAGAGGCUCUUAAGAAAAUCACCCUAAGAAUGUAGCAUCCUCAAUAAACAAUAACUGCUCUUAAGUCCUACUAUCUAGUUCAUGUCCUCAAGCUUUAUUUAGCUCCCUAUGUAACAGAUAAAACAAUUGAACUGUCAUAAAAAAGUACGGCUGAUGCUGUACUCUAAAGUGUAGCAUUUCUCUAUUGUAGUUAUCUUAAGAGUUUCUCUAACAAUUAUGAACAGAUCAAUAUACUUUAUAAAAUGCAUAGAUAACUUGAAGUUCUCAUUCUUAAGUUAGAAGUGCCCAUAAUAAAAUGCAUUACAAUUAAAUUAAUAAUAGAUAUCAUAUUCUUAUAUGAAUCUCUCAAUAAAUAAGAUGAUUAAGCUAAAAGGAUAAGAGCAAUUAAAUAAGUUAAAAGAUUUUUAGAAAUUAAAAAAUUAAUCUAACUUCCUGGGGAAUUACAGUAGAAAAUAAAUACUCUUAAUUUUGAAGAAAUAGAAUAGAAAAUUACAUUUCAAAUGCAACCUAUUGUUAAUAACUUCAUUGAAAAUAAACCUCAUGCUCCUUAAAAAGAAUUAUUAAAGUUAGAUAUUCAUUGCAUAAAUUAAAGAAAACUAAGUACAUCUGCAAAUGAUUGGGAAGAUCAAUCAGAUAUUAAAUUUUAAUAAAUAUAAAUUCACAAAAGCCAAUAACCUAGUCCUAAUAGGAGAAGAAUGACCUCAUAAACUCCGAAUAGAGCUAUUUCAAUAAGAGAUAAUUUCUUUGUCCCAACACAAGGACCUCUUUCAUUUAUAAUGAUGUCAUGA